AUGGGCUCUUGUGGUUUUCUAGUAAACGUGAAAAGAAGUGAGGUAGUUGCAGCAGCUUCAGUGCAAAAGCACUGGUUGCCCAUGUCAAACCUAGAUUUGCUCCUACCUGCUCUGGAUGUAGGAGUUUUCUUCUGUUACAAGAAAAACAAUGAUACUACUAGUAUCCCUGAGAAAAACCUCACGAAUACUCUUACCGAAAACAUGGUUGCUACCGUCAAGAAAGCUCUUGCUCAAGCACUUGUUUCCUUCUAUCCUUUUGCUGGAGAAGUUGUCCAAAACCGCCUUGGAGAACCUGAGCUUCUUUCAACCCUCCCUCCUGGACCGGUGAACCCCGAGCCCGUACAUUCAUCUCCAUCACCACCACCUCCGGUAUACUACCAGCCACCUCCACCGGUAGAGACCCCACCUCCUACUUAUCAACCUAAAGCACCUCCUCCACCGCCAGUUUACACUCCAGCACCAACUUAUCAUGCUCCGCCGCCCCCACCUCCUACUUAUCAGCCUAAAUCACCUCCUCCGCCGGUUUACACUCCAACACCAACUUAUCAAGCCCCGCCGCCUCCACCACCACCACCUGUUUAUGUAACAUCUCCUCCUCCUCCUCCACCUGAACAUAAACCGCCAACUACUCCAGCUCCUUCACCAGGAGCGUAUGCACCAAACCCAUCGCAUCCUCUUCCACCACCACCGCCACCCUACAAAUGUAAUGAACCACCACCACCACCACCACCUGAAUGUAACGAACCUGUCCCACCACCACCACCACCUAUUGAACAUCAUUGGCAGUCACCUCCAUCUCCUCCACCACCCAGUACUCCAUAUCACUACACCUCCCCACCACCACCAUCACCAUCGCCACCUCCUCCAUAUGUAUAUAAAUCACCGCCACCUCCAUCACCAUCGCCACCGCCUCCAUACAUUUAUUCGUCCCCACCGCCGCCAUCACCAUCCCCACCUCCACCAUACGUGCAUCCAUCACCGCCGCCACCCGAGAUGAACGUUCCCCUUCCUCCAAUAACAGGAGUCUCUUAUGCAUCACCGCCACCACCUACAAUUCCAUACUAUUGAACCCUUCUCAAGUGAGAGGAUUUGGAUGGGGAUUCAUUUGCAUGCAUGCAAAUAGCAAAGUUACAAAGGAGGGCUCAAAGUGGUUGAAUUUUGGGUUUGACUUUUGAGAGGCUGCUUUCUAGUUUUGAGCAAUAAUUUUUAUAUUAGAGAUAAAAGUAGUCUCAUAUGAAUUUUUUUGGGCUAUUAUUAUUAUUAUUUUUUGUUUUCAUUUCUUUGGGGGCCUAAUCAAAAUUGAUUAGGGUAAAAAAAAAAAAAAACUCAUUUUUGAGUUUCUUGUGUUGUGUCAAAACAACCCAAGGGGAGAGAGGGGGGGGUGGGGUUAACAUUUGUAUUAUUUGUUAUACAUAUGUUUAUUGUGUAUAAUUGAAAUUUAUUUACUAUAUCCAUGAAUUGAUUCA